AUGCCACGUAGAAAAAUCAAACCAGAUAACACUUCUGAUAUAGAAACUUAUGAGAUGGACGACAAUAACAGCUUUGUUAAAAGACAUGGAUCAUCCAAUGAUUUAGAUUCUAUAGAAAAAAAUGAUAAGAAAUUCGAUGGCUUGGUUAUUGAAAAAGAAGAGGACCUUAUAAACUAUGACUUGGAAAGAAAUAAUUCCAAUAUCUCUUCUAAAAUACAUGAUAACUCUGAUGAUUACCUUUUUGAUGGCAAAAAAGAUGAUGAAAGAUUGAAAAAAGAUUUGAAAGCCCGUCAUGUCUCCAUGAUCGCCAUUGGUGGUGCUCUUGGGACUGGUUUAUUGAUUUCUACCGGUACUUCUUUGGCUACUGCUGGUCCUGUUUCUAUGCUAAUCACAUACUCCUUUGUUGGUAGUCUGGCAUUUUUCACAAUGUCUUGUCUUGGUGAAAUGGCAACAUAUAUUCCAUUGGAUGGGUUUACAAGUUAUGCCUCUAGAUACUGCGAUCCUGCCUUAGGGUUUGCCGUCGGUUAUGCGUACUUAAUAAAAUAUUUCAUCUUACCCCCAAAUCAAUUAACGGCUGCUGCUAUGGUCCUUCAAUUCUGGGUCGAUAGAGAUAGAGUCAAUCCAGGUGUUUGGAUAACUAUUGUCCUUGCAGUCAUUGUCUUAAUUAAUACAUUUGGGGUCAAAUUCUUCGGUGAAUUUGAGUUUUGGUUGUCAAGUUUUAAAGUUCUUGUCAUGUUAGGUUUGAUCCUUCUUUUAUUCAUUAUUAUGUUAGGUGGUGGUCCAAAUCAUGAUAGAUUAGGUUUUAGAUACUGGAAAAAUCCAGGUGCCUUUAAAGAGUAUUCAGAUACCAUUUCUGGUGACACUGGUAGAUUUGUCGCUUUUGUCGCAUGCUUCGUUUAUGCUUUAUUUGCUUACACUGGUAUUGAAUUAACUGGUAUUGUUGCAGCUGAGGCUAAGAAUCCAAGAAAAAAUAUUCCAAAAGCUAUUAGAUUGACCGUGUAUCGUAUUAUUAUUUUUUACGUGGUUACUAUCUUGCUGUUGGGCAUGUGUGUCGCAUAUAAUGAUCCAAAACUGUUAGAAGCUAGAAAGAAGAGUACAUCUGCCGCUGCAUCUCCAUUUGUUGUUGCUAUCGAGAAUUCCGGUAUUAAAGUUUUACCACAUAUAUUCAAUUUCUGUGUUCUAAUGUUUGUUUUUUCUGCAUGCAAUUCUGAUCUGUAUGUUGCCUCCAGAUCUUUAUAUUCAUUGGCUAUUGAUAAUAAGGCUCCUAAGAUAUUUGCAAAGACUAACAAGUGGGGUAUUCCAUAUUAUUCGUUGGGUGCUAGUGUUUUAUUCUGUUUCUUAGCCUAUAUGAGUGUUUCUUCUGCUUCUUCUAAGAUUUUCAACUACUUCGUGAAUGUGGUAUCCAUCUGUGGCGUUCUAACAUGGAUUACCGUCUUAAUUACAUACAUUCGUUUCGAUAAAGCUGUAAGAGCACAGGGAAUAGACAAAUCUACCUUUGCUUAUGUAGCGCCACUUCAACCAUAUGGAGCCUAUUUUGCGCUAUUCUUCUGUUGUUUAAUAGCAUUAAUUAAGAAUUUCACAGUCUUUUUGAAUCAUGAGUUCGAUUACAAAAACUUCAUUACCGGUUACAUUGUUCUACCUAUCUUUGCUGCUUGUUAUUUCGGUUAUAAAUACUUGAAAAAGACAAGGAUUAUUCCACCUGAAGAGGUAGAUUUAUACACUUUCAAAGCCGCUAUUGACCAAGAGGAAGAAGAGGGUAAGAUUGCUGAUGCAGAGUUAAAGGAAAGAAUAAAGAAUGGUCACAAAAAUUGGGAGUGGUUCUAUGAAACCUUCUUAGGCAAAAUCUUUUAG